ACUCCUCACCACGCAACGAGGCGUAAAUCCACCGCCAGAGCGGAUUAAAGCCACUCUCCUCUCUCUCUCUCUCUCUCUCUCUCUCUCUGCGUCUCCAUUCCAUCCCCAACUUCCAACUCUUUUUGGCGCUUACUUCGUUGCUUCCGAUCGCCGAUCUCCCUCUCUCUCCGCUCCGCUGCUACAGGCUGCAUACGAAACAAACGCGCACGGUGCACGUCAGAUCUCGCGACAUGCCCCUCUGCGAUCUUAUUUGCUCCCCUUUGAGUUGACCUAAAAUGACAAACGAUCUCUUUGUUUCGAGCAAACCUAAGAAGGGUGGCUGCCUCCUGAUCGAUCUCAAAUGGGACAAAUGAUUUUUGUUAACGAUCGGACAAGUUUUUGAGCUGAAAGAUUUGGAAAGCUUUUUUUUUAACGACAAUUAAUCACCGCCGGCGAUGUCGACCCACUCCCCUUGCGCCGCGUGCAAAUGCCUGCGGCGAAAGUGCACGCCGGGGUGUGUCUUCGCGCCGUACUUCCCGCCGGACCAGCCGGGGAAGUUCGCGUGCGUGCACAAGGUUUUUGGGGCGAGCAACGUCGGGAAGCUCCUCAGCGAUCUGCCCCCUGCGCAGAGGGAGCACGCCGCCAACUCGCUGGCCUACGAGGCGCAGGUGAGGAUGCACAACCCCGUUUAUGGUUGCGUCGGAUACAUCUCGCUCCUCCAGCAAAAGCUCAAGCAGGUCCAGCGCGAGCUCUACGAGGCAAAGAAAGAGCUUUCCACCUACAUUGGCGCCGCCACGCUCGGUCCGCUCUUCGCCCAUGGUCCCCCCUGCUCCGACGCGCCCUACGGCGUUCCAGUGAUGAGUGUUGGCAUGGGCCUCGGUCUCGCCGCACAGGAAGCGGCGGCGGCUCAUCACCACGCCCAAAAUUUUAUUCAUGAACCUCCGCCGCCGCCGCCGCCGCCCGAGCCGAUGGAGACUCAGCAAAUGGGCAUGGCCGUGGUAGCAGAUAUGACGACGAGGUACGAGCAGCAACAGGUGCUGACGAGAUUUAACGAUAGAAGGGGAUUUGAGCUGAUGGGUGAUGGCACGUUAAUGGCGUUUGUUCCGUCGCAAGAAUCCGAAAGUGCAUUUGUGCAACAACAUUAUUACACCGAGUAGCAGCUUGCAAGAAAUAAGAAAGAUAGAUUCUUAGUUUGCUAGCUACUUCCAGAAAUCUUCUUCUCUUGAAUUAUUCCCAAUAACCAGAGAUCGAUCAUCUUGAAAGGUAUAUAUCAACCAAUCUUACCUAGCUCGCCUCUUGAAUCGAGUUCUUGCUUGGAUGAAACAAUUCUUAAUUUAUAAGACAAUAAGCACUUUUCAAGUUUUUCACUCUUAAACACCAUCGAUCAAGUUUCUUAGCCUCUAUCAUCUUUCUUUCAUCUUAUUUGUGAGUCUUGAAGUUUAUAAAACUUCAUUUUAUUUAUUUACCUUUGGAUUGGUGAUUGGCAAAACUCUGGCAUAUUAUGACCACCUCCAAUGGUGCACUUACUUCGACGCAUGGCAGGACCACUUUAAUUCUCUCACAGUACUGGUUGAUGUGGUGGCACAGCAUUAAGGAUAGCCGAAGGAGACAAGCGACAACUAGUAGGGGGAAAAAGUUCUAUCUGUAAAGGAGAACAGGCAAAAGGAAUGACGCUGCAGGGGUUGUGAUGCAGUUGUGGCAGUGCCCCGCUCAUUAAUUUUCUCUGUUGUGAGCUUACCUACUUUUUUUG